UGUCAUACGUAAAUGUUAUCAUGAGCUUUUUGGGAAGCAUGGCCUGGCUUUGUUUGACUUGCCAUCAGUAUGUGAGGCUCCUGGAACAGUUGUGGAGGCCCUGCAAACGUGCCACCAAGCCAGCGUGCAGGCCCCUCAGCAUAACUUUGGUAAGGUUAAGGUGCGGGGCAGGAAGGCUUGGCGGAUCCCUGGUGGCGUGAUGCAAAUCGUUGCGGCUACCUGCUCAGAGCAAUACUCAGGCAAUACUGUAUCGUUUGAGCCCUUGGACUCUGGCCUACCUGCUGGACUACUUGCCUCUCCUGCCUUGGUUCGAGUGACAAGGGGCACUGCCUACAUUCCCAUUGUGAAUGUAGGAUCUACUGAUGUGUUGCUUUAUCCUCGUACAGUUGUGGGCAGUUUGGACGAGGUAAAUGUUGUGAGCCUUCCUGCUGGGGUCACUGAGGUGCCGUUUGGUCUGGCCACAGUGGCGUCCCAAUCCGUUUAUACUUCCGUGCCGGAGCAAAUAGCGACCAUGGAUCUGUCUUCCUUGCCUGCUGGAGAGCAGGGUCAGGUACGGGCCCUUCUAACAAAGUAUGCUUCUGUCUUUGCAGCUCAUGAGGGGGACCUUGGUUGUACCAACCUGAUCGCCCAUGAUAUUCCCCUCUUGGAUGACACUCCUGUUCGGCAGCGCUACCGACGCAUUUCUCCAUCUGACUAUGAGCUUGCGAAAGAGCAUAUCCACCAGUUGUUUGAAGCACAAGUGAUUAGAGAGAGUAGCAGUCCUUACGCAUCUCCUAUUGUGCUGGUUAAAAAGAAAGAUGGUAGUCUCCGCAUGUGUGUUGACUACCGGCAACUAAACAGCAAAACUAGGAAAGACGCGUUUCCUCUUCCUCGCAUUGAGGAGUCCCUUGAUGCCUUAACAGGUGCUCGCUGGUUCUCCACUAUGGAUCUUGCCAGCGGUUACAAUCAGGUUCCAGUCGUAGAGGCAGAUCGACCUAAAACGGCCUUCUGCACUCCGUUUGGCCUCUUCGAAUGGAAUCGUAUGCCUUUUGGCCUUUGCAAUGCCCCAAGCACCUUCCAGCGGUUGAUGCAACGGAUUUUCGGUGAUCAGCAAUGCCAGUCAUUGCUGUUGUACCUUGAUGACAUUGUGGUUUUCUCUUCCACCGUUGCUCAGCACCUGGACAGAUUGGAGGUGGUGCUCAGGCGGCUACAACAAGAAGGCCUCAAAGCUAAACUCACAAAGUGUGCCUUUUUCCAGCGGGAGGUGCAUUAUUUGGGCCAUGUGACCUCUGACCAAGGUGUUGCUACAGACCCUAGUAAGGUGGAGGUGGUGGCAAACUGGCAGCCUCCAACUACCAUUUCUGAACUGCGGUCAUUUCUCGGCUUUGCGAGUUACUACCGCAGGUUUGUGGAAGGUUUUGCUAAAUUGGCUGCCCCUCUACACAGGCUGGUGGCAGAGUUGGGUGGCUCCAAGUCUGGGAAGAGAUUAAAGCAUGUACUUGCUGAGAAGUGGUCCGAUGAACGUCAGCAGAGCUUUGAGGCACUGAAGACCAAACUCACCACCGCACCUGUGCUGGCUUAUGCCGAUUUCUCCCUCCCUUUCAUUCUUGAGGUUGACGCAAGUCAUGGUGGCCUGGGAGCAGUGCUGUCACAGGAGCAGGGUGGCAAGGUGAGGCCUAUUGCUUAUGCAAGCAGAGGUCUGUGGCCCACUGAGCGCAAUAUGGACAACUACAGCUCCAUGAAGUUGGAGUUUUUGGCACUCAAGUGGGCCAUGACUGAAAAAUUCAGGGAGUAUCUGCUUGGUCAUAAGUGUGUUGUCUAUACGGACAACAAUCCACUUAGCCACUUGUCAUCUGCUAGGCUUGGCGCCAUGGAACAACGCUGGGCAGCCCAGCUUGCACUUUUCAAUUUUGAUAUUCGGUAUCGCUCAGGGAGGGUUAACAGGAACGCUGAUGCGUUGUCCCACCAGCAUCCUUCUGAUGCACCAGACAUGAAAGCUAUGCUCCCUGGCACAUCACUUCCUGAACCCUUGCAGCAAGCCCUGCGGUUGGAGGAGGCUGAUGCGACUCAAGCUGCAAUCGCAGCUUUGCCUCAUUAUGCCCCUUCUAACCUCUGUCAACUUCAGCAGGCUGAUCCUGUUAUACAGGAAGUGUCGGUGUUCUGGACACAGAAGCGGCGUCCGAGCCACACAGAGCACCAACAGCUUUCUCCGCGUGCCUUGGCUCUCCUCCGCCAAUGGGACCGCUUGGUGGAGAAGAGUGGAAUCUUUUAUCGGCAGGUCUAUCGUCCUGAUGGUGCUGCAGCAAUUUUGCAGUUGCUCUUGCCAGCUGCGUUAAAAGAGGAGGUGCUAACUGAAGUUCACCAGAGGCAUGGCCACCAAGGUGUUGAGAGGACCUUGGAGCUGCUACGGCAGCGGUGUUAUUGGCCAGGCAUGUCCUCUGAUGUGGCACAGUGGUGCCAGUCUUGUGAGAGGUGCCAGGUUGCCAAAAACACACAGCCAGCUGCUCGCAGCUUCAUGGGGCAUUUGCUGGCCUCUCGGCCAAAUGAAAUCCUCGCCAUGGACUUCACUGUGUUAGAACCCACUCGUACAGGGAUUGAGAACGUCCUCGUCAUGACGGAUGUUUUCAGUAAGUAUACACUGGCCAUUCCCACCCGCGACCAACGAGCCCCCACUGUGGCUCAGGUCUUGGUUACAGAAUGGUUUUGUAAGUUUGGUGUCCCGGCCCGCAUACAUUCUGACCAGGGCCGCAAUUUUGAAAGCAGUCUGAUUCAGCAGCUGUGUAGCCUUUAUGGCAUUGAAAAAUCUCGCACCACCCCGUACCAUCCGGCUGGCAAUGGGCAGUGUGAACGGUUUAAUCGAACCCUCCAUAACCUGCUGCGUACCCUGCCUGUCUCUCAAAAGCGGGACUGGCACUCCUGUCUGCCCCAACUCCUGUUCCCUUACAAUACUACACCCCAUCAGUCAACUGGUGAAUCGCCAUUCUUUUUAAUGUUUGGCCAGGAGCCCCGUCUCCCAGUCGACUUUCUGUUGGGUCGUGUUCAGGAUCCUGUUGGUGGUGAUGUCACAGAGUGGAUUCAGGAGCACCAGACUCGCUUACAGAUUGCCUUUGAGAGCGCCCAAGGGAGGCUGAGGGUUGCAGCAGAGCGCCGAAGAAACAAUCAUGAUCAGCAUGUUCAAGCUGCUCCACUGCAGGAGGGCCAGUGGGUGUUGUUGCGGGACUUCAGUGUGAAGGGGCGUAACAAGAUUCAGGACCUGUGGGGCUCCGUAGUGUAUACGGUCUUAAAAGCACCAAAAGAUAGGGGCUCUGUGUACACCAUUGCCCCUACAGGCGACCAGUCCAAGGUCAAACAUGUCCAUUGUACACUCUUGAAGGCAGUGGCUGGUGCGGGUGCUUCCGAUUGUGCUGCUGCUCCUCUUUCACCCUGUCCUGACCAAGAAGAGGUGGAGGAUGAACUCGUACACGAUGGGGACUUGCUGGUUGUGAGGCAUGACAUCCCUCAUGCAGCUCCUGGUCAGAUGGUUGCUGUGACCCAAACCACCCCUCGGUUGCUGCUCCCACAGGCUGACCCCGUUCUCCCUGGGCAGGGUCCUUUAGUGACUCCGUCCUCUGCAACAGCAGAUUUGCCUCCUGCCCCAGCAGUAGGACCAUCAGCCUCUCGCCCUGAUACCAGUGCAAGGCCAGUAAGACGGACCACACCGUCAACUGCUGGUCAGCACUCCAAUGUUUAUCACCUUCCUAGGUCGGUGGGACCACCGGCAGACGGGGCUGCAAAUGCUUCUGGACUGGUGUCCAAUGCAGUGGUUGCUGUUUUUAGACCUUGGGACUAGUAUGGGGACACUUGGGCUCAACUGAUUCAUCGUCGGGGCGACGAUGCAGAAAGCGGGGGUGGAUUGUAGCAGGAUGAAUGCUGCACUCUCCUUGGGUUGGCUGUGUUAUGCUCCUGUGACAUAAUGACCGUGCCUUGCUUUGACCAAUCAUGACACGAGGAUGCACUAUAAAGCUGGGCAAGGGUUACUCACUGUUCUCUUGCUGCAACGUCAGGGGCACGCCCCGCUUCCCGUUUGCCUCGCUUCCCGUUUGCCUCACUUCCUGUUUACCAUUGCUAACAGGUAUGGUAGCAGUUGCUGCAUUGUUUGCCCUUGCUUUAAGGCUGUGUUCAUGUCUAGUGGUUAUAGAGGCUGUUUAUUUUUAUAGGGUCACUGUUGGGUGUCCAUAGCCAGAGAGCUGAGCCGCUCGCUGGCUGCUGUAUGUCCAGUUCGAGCCGUGAGCCGCUCGCGAGCCGUUACUGGCUGUUAUCGUGGCUGCCGGUUGCUCCCCGUUCCCUUGUGGUGGACAAAAUUUACUGAUUGGUGGGCUGCCGUUUGUCUGGAGCUGUGCUGGCUACACGGGGUCCCAACCGUAGGAGACGCUGCUGCUGCUUUGCCUCCGUGGGUUUGUCUCGCAGACGUGGGUCUGUGUUGCCGAACGCUUGCCGGUCGGCUUCGUCUUCUUCCAGUCUGUUAUCUGCUCUUGCGUUGGCGCUGUGGGUGUCGGGCUGCUCCCAGCUUGUCUCUGUGGCUGCUGACCAACCGUUGUACAUACUGCUUCUUCUAACGUCCAGAGUGCAUGUGUGAAAAUAGGGUUUAAUUUUCUUUCUUUUCCCCUUGUUUCUUUUGAGUAUUUACUGCAGUCACGUGGCUAUUUGUGUUUGUUAGGUAUUUUCUUUGUCUGAUUUUAGGAUUUGUGUCACGUGACUGCACUUGAUUAGUCAUUUUGUAUGCAGUGGGUUUUGUUUAAGUAUAAGUUAAUGUUCAUUCAUUCAGUUAAUUGAAUCUUUCAGUUUUGCUAAAUUUGUUUUUUUUUUAUGUUAAGUAGUUUUCUGAAGUGUCGGUAAUUGUCCUUUUGUCAACUGAUUUAUGGAACCCUGUUAAUAACUGUUCCCUUUCCUUUGUGGUUUGCAGAAGCUGUGGGCCUCCGGUGGUGGGAACCCCUUCCUGUGUGGUGCGCUGCUCAUCCCCUGGUUGUUUUUUUUUUUUUAUUUCUU